AUGGGCAUUUCGAGUAAAAGAACUGUCACAAAGACGAGGAGAAAGACGCGGGAUCUUGAUCAAGUAAAAGCAGACUUGGCAUCUGCAAAGCAUCUCGGCCAUUUCAAAGACACCAAGGCGAAGGAAGACCUGCCCGGCCUCGGUCGAAAUUAUUGUAUACAAUGCGCCAAGUGGUUUGACACGAAUGCCGCACUGGUGGCCCAUGUCCAGGGAAAACCUCAUAAGCGACGCCUGAAGCAAUUACGCGAAGAGACCGAAAUCGCGAGACUUCCAGGAGGCAGAUACAUCCCUCCCCCAUGCAAUGCGAUAGAAGAACCGCUCAGGGAGCCACAAACUGGCGAGGAUUCCAACAUGACAGCAUGA